GCAGGGGGAGGUCGGGGAGGGGCUGCUCCCUUCCUGUGAGGCCCCAGAUGAGGAACCCGUGACGUCUCCCCGCUCAUCUCCAGCCGGGCUCUGGGCCUGUGGCCCUCACAGCUGCUCUGCUCCACAGGGACCAUGGGCGGCGGGGCCCUGAUCCCGGCCCUCACUGCCCUCCUCUGCCUGGGGCAGUGCCGGGCGCCAGGGGAUGGGGCACAGGCAGGGACCCUCCCCAAGCCCUCCAUCUGGGCUGACCCAGGCCCCCUGGUCGCCGUGGGGAGCCCUGUGACCCUCUGGUGCCAGGGGUCUCUGCAGGCUGAGGUCUAUCGUGUGCAUAAAGAGGACAGCCUACAGCCCUGGGAAACGCGGCCCCCACAGGACUCCAGACACAAGGCCAGCUUCGCCAUCAUCCAGUCCAUGAGCUCCUACUACUCAGGGCAGUACUGGUGUGUGUAUCAGACCCCGCUCGGCCUCUCCCAGCCCAGUGACUCCCUGACCCUGGUGGUGACAGGGAUGUUCCCGGCGCCCUCCCUGUCAGCCCAGCCAAGCCCCGUGGUGGCGACAGGAGGGAACGUGUCCCUCUCCUGUGGCUCUGAUGAGGAGGGCACUGCCCAUCUGCUGAAGGAGGGCGGAGCCAGCCCCCUGCACAGCCUGGAAACCAGGUUCUCCCAUGGGGCUGGGGAGUGGCAGGCCACCUUCCUCCUGGGCCCCAUGAGCAGCACCCAGGGGGGCAUCUACAGGUGCUACCGCGCUCAUCCUAAUGAGCCCCACGCCUGGUCCCUGCCCAGCGACCCCCUGGAGCUCCAGGUCACAGGAAUGUACAAGAAACCCUCCCUGCAGGCCCAGCCGGGGCCCUCGGUGCCCUGGGGAGCGACGGUGGCCCUGCACUGUGGCUCCCAGGAGGCGUUGGACAUCUUUCUCCUGCACAGGGAGGGCUCGGGCGCCCCUCCCCAGCGCCUGUGUGUCCCAGGCCAGGCCAUGGGUGCUCAGGCCACCUUCACACUGGGUCCUGUGACCUCAGCCCAUGGGGGGACCUACAGGUGCUACGGCGCCCACAGCACCGACCCCUACCUGUGGUCACAGCCCAGCGACCCCCUGCAGCUCGAGGUGUCAGGAGGCCGGGAGGGUCAGCCCCUCAACCCCACGGAGCCCACUCCUGCCCUGAGUGGUCUCCCUCAGCUGAAGGUGCUGCUCGGGGUCUCGGUGGCCGCCUUCCUCUCGCUCUGCCUCCUCCUCCUCCUCCUCCUCCUCCUCCUCAGAGGGAGGCGUCACAGCAAGCGCAGGUCAGAGUCGGAGCCCAGGAAGCUGAGAGGACCACACAGGAGCUCCAGCCCAGCUGCAGAGGCCCAGGACGGCUUGGACGCUGCUGUGAAACACAGGCAUCCCGAGGACAGCCUGCUGGACACUCAGGCUGCUGAAGGCCCCCAGGUGACCUACGCCCAGCUGAGCCACACACUGCAACCAGAGGGGAGAAGGGCGACCUCCUCCAGGUCAGGACAGCUCCCAGAGGCCUGCGUGUACGCCGCCCUGGCUGUCCGCUAGCCGGGACAAGACCCAGCCCCCGCUCCAAGGACCCUGGAAGGCACUGCACCACCCCCCAACCCUCCAUUUCCUAACUUCUUGGAGCCAGCUGCCCUCACAGGGCCUCCUGAGGGGCCCAGACAGGAACAAGACCAUCAUGGACCUGCGGCUACUGCAGGGGAAGGGUCUUCCACCUGCUCGUGAGGUCCCUCUGCAGACCUGCAGCUACUCCCAGGACCUGCCCAGCCCCUUCUCCCCUCCUGCCUGAGGCCGAGUCAGCUCCCACUGCAGCCGGGAGCCACGAGCCAGAGCCUCUAGGCCUGCGCUGUGCCUGACAGCCGAAGCCGCCAGCUGCAGCCGUGCAUCCCCAGCGCCAGGGCACUGCUUUCCUA